AUGCUCUCCACUCAUAUUCUCGCUUCAGGGAUAUCGUGCAUUGUUGCCUUGGUUGUCGUUUCGCGUCUGACUCGCAGACGUGUCUACCCUUUACCUUUACCGCCUGGCCCUCCUCCGUUACCAUUUUUCGAUUCGGGAAAGACAUAUGGUUGGUGGCAGACCAAUGGCCUCAUUGCCAAGCUCUCAGAUUUAAUUUCAUCUUUGAUCAUAGGAAAAAUCAUUCACUCCGACAUAUUUGGGAUCGACUUGAUUAUCAUAAACUCUGAAACGAUCGCGCGGGAGUUGUUGGACAGACGUUCUGGGAAUUACUCUACUCGCCCUGUCAUUCGCACCAACGAAUUAAUUGGAGGGUCUUUCAAUACUGCAUUCCUUCCGUAUGGAGAAACCUUACGACAAUAUCGCAAGAUCUUCCAUCAAGUCCUCAGGGCCGAAGUCUCGAUCUCAUACCGCGAGUUGUACUCUCGCCACGCAAAUGAACUCGUCAUCAAUCUCUUAGGUGGCACUAGCGACCUACUACAGCAUCACACUGAAGCAUACGCGGCGUCCCUAAUCAUGGCUGUGACAUAUGGAUACCAUGCUCACGGACAUGAAGACCCAUUUCUUUCCCGUGCGCGCGAACUUUUUGAUAUUGGCCAGCGCAUUGUUUCUCCCGAGAAGGCUACCAUGUUUACAGCAUUUCCUUUCCUCGAAAAGUUACCGUUCUGGUGCUUCGGUGGAGCAUUUGCCCUGAUGGGACGCUGUAGAGAAUUAGUUCAACAGCUUUUGAACGAGCCCUUCAAUGAAGUGAAGGCACAGAUGGCAAAUGGUAUUGCCUCACACUCAUUGGUCGCUGACUUUCUCAGUCAAGCUCACGACGAGGCUGAUGAAGACACCAUGAAGGCUGUUGCGUUGACGGGGUACAUGGUUGGCAUGGACACUGUGAGUCGCUACUCAAGCAGUCCUGAUUCUUACUUUGAUGUCCAGCAGAGUGCAGCCGCAUUGCAGACAUUUCUGCUGGCCAUGGUGCUCUGUCCUGAUGUCCAAGCUCGGGCUCGUACAGAAAUCGACCAAGUUGUAAAACAUGAUAAAAUGCCGUGCCUUGAUGAUAGGGCGUCAAUGCCCUACCUUGAUGCCAUCCUCCGCGAGUCGACCCCUUGCACAGGAGUUCCACAUGCGUCACCAAAUGAUGAUGUUUACGACGGGUACUUCAUACCCAAAGGUGCGAUGGUAAUGGUGAAUCAGUGGGCACUCUCUCGGGAUGAAGAUGUAUUUACCGAUGCAUCGCGCUUCGAUCCAAGUCGCCAUCUGACAGUCGACGGGAAGCUGAAGGACCCUUUCGUCAACCAUUUUGCCUUCGGUCAUGGCAGGUGUAUUUGUCCUGGUCGUUGGUUCGCAGAAAAUAGUCUGUGGACCGCAACUGCUGCCAUACUCGCCGUCUUGCGCAUCGAUCAUGCCAAAGACUCAAACGGAAACAAGAUUGAGGUGAAGCCGGAGUUCACCACCGGCUUGGCGAUUCACCCUGAACCAUUUCAGUGUUCGUUUGAGAUUGUGAACGGAGCGCGAGAAAGACACCUCCGAGCGAUGACGAAUUCGAAUUAG